CUAAGCUAACAUAACUGUAUAGUAUAAAGCAGCUUCAUUGUCUGCCAGCUGAAGCAUAGCCACGGUAAGCUCCGGGCGGCGAACAGGCAGCGUGUUAACCGUUAGCUAGCGUUCGUUACCAUGUCGCUCGCGCUUUAGUGACGCCGCACAAAGGACGUUCCACGGUGUUACACAAAGUUAACGGUGUGAGUUCAGUAGCUGCUCUCAGUUAGCUCAGGGUGGCAGCCAGCGGCUCAGCCAGCAGCGUGUUAAAGCCCCUCCACAGACAGCUCUCCUACUCCAGUCCUCUGCUGGCACUUAACACAGCGACACAUAACCCAAACUUAAAGCGACGAGAGGCUGCCAGCGCAGCGCCUUCUUCCAUUUCCUUCAAAACGGGACUACCUGCGCCUAUUUCUUCACGUUUGUGCUUGGGUAUUUUUUUUUAUUUUAUUUUUUUAAACGGCGGAGCUCCAUCACCCGGAGCGUCUGCGCUUUAUCCCCCGAGCAGCCCGAUAAGGGCUGAUGCUUGAGGACAGUGGGGGCUCUCUAAUGAUCCCACCAUUCAUCCGAUGAACCCCCUUAACUCCAUGAAACCCUCCCUUCCUCCCAUUCCACAAAGCACUGACGGCCCCUUCCUAAAUGAGCCAGUCUCCUGGCAACCAGGCACCAAUCAACACGCAAGAUCUCUCUCUGUAGUAACCACAGUGUGGGGCGUGACCAAUCCCACACACAGCCAGGUGUUUGGAUCACCCAUGGGCCCCGGCGAGAGUUCUGGUGGUCACAUAAUGCCAGUUGGCAGCCCAGGGAUGGGAGGCAGCAUGGGCUCCCAGUUCAUGGGCCAGCAGUCGUACGGGGACGGCGUGUCUAAAGGCUACGGCCAGCCGGUCAUGUACGGACGACCCAGCACCGCCUACAACCCAGCUUCAGCCUAUGGAGGAAGUUACUCUGGCAACGGCGGAGGCGCGGGCCUGGGCGUCCGCGCUCCCUCCGACUUCACUCAGGCUGCAGCUGCCGCCGUCGCCGCCGCCACAGCCACUGCCACCGCCACGGCAACGGUCGCAGCAAUACAGGAGAAACAAAACCAGGAACUGAGCUACGGUCAGAUGGGUGGAGCAUCCCCUUACAGCAACCAGUUCCUGUCUCAUUCUGGGUCCCGCGGGCCCCCGGGGAUGAACCACGGCGGGAUGGUCCCUUUGAGGCCUGGACUCCCACCUUCCACAGGUGGGCUGUAUCCCUCUCACCCCGCGCAGGCACAGAGGAUGCCCCAGCACACCGGCUUCUCGGGCGGACAGCAGGGCCUCAAGCGACCUUUCCAUUCAGAGGGGUUUCCGGGGCAACAAUACAACUCCGGAGGGAUCUCUGGGUAUUCCAACCAGCCUCUGCAGUACCCCAGUGGUCCGCAGCAGAGAUGCGCGCCGUCACCCUCUUACCCGUCCAGUCGGAUGCCUCACAUGGGGCCGUACACAUCUGGAACCCACAACCCAACACAGUUCCCUCCUGGUGCCAGCCAGCCCAAUCCUCCACAGUUUUAUAAGUCAGAGCCUUUCAAUGGCCAGGGCAGUCUACCAUCUGGAGCAGCAGGGGGCUACAACGCCUUUACACAGGCUGCAGUCAAUGGGCCAGGCCGAGGUGCAGUGAUACCCGGGUACCCCAGCUCCCCGAUGGGAGGGAACCCCACCCCGCCGAUGACACCAGGGAGCUCCAUACCCCCCUACCUCUCCCCAGGCCAGGACACCAAGCCACCCUACCUUCCGCUGGACUCCAAAGCCAACAUCAGCACCCAGCAGCCCUCUACAGGUAACCCUAGCGACGACCUGCGUCUGACCUUCCCCGUCCGAGACGGCGUGGUGUUGGAGCCGUUCCGAUUGGAGCACAACCUGGCUGUCAGCAACCACGCGUUCCAGCUCCGAGACUCGGUCUACAAAACACUGGUGAUGAGACCAGAUCUGGAGCUGCAGUUCAAAUGUUACCACCAUGAAGACAGGCAGAUGAACACUAACUGGCCCGCCUCUGUGCAGGUCAGUGUUAAUGCAACUCCUCUGUCCAUCGAGAGAGGGGACAACAAGACUUCCCACAAGCCCCUGUACCUAAAGCAAGUGUGUCAACCGGGACGCAACACCGUGCAGAUCACUGUGACGGCAUGCUGCUGCUCUCACCUGUUUGUGCUGCAGUUGGUCCACCGGCCGUCGGUCAGGUCCGUCCUGCAGGGCCUGAUGAAGAAGAGGCUGCUGCCAGCUGAGCACUGCAUUACCAAGAUAAAGCGAAACUUCAGUAGCGGCACCAUCCCCGGGACGCCCGGUCUAAACGGAGAGGACGGAGUGGAGCAGACGGCAAUCAAAGUCUCCCUCAAGUGUCCGAUCACAUUCAGACGAAUCCAGCUGCCAGCCAGAGGCCACGACUGCAGGCACAUACAGUGUUUUGACCUGGAGUCUUAUUUACAACUGAACUGUGAAAGAGGGACGUGGCGGUGUCCUGUGUGCAAUAAAACAGCUUUGCUAGAAGGCCUGGAGGUCGACCAGUACAUGCUGGGGAUUCUGGUCUACAUACAGAAUUCUGAUUACGAGGAGAUCACCAUCGACCCGGUGUGCGGCUGGAGGCCCGUGCCGAUCAAACCCGACCUCCACAUAAAGGAGGAGCCUGAUGGUCCGGUCCUAAAGCGCUGCCGCACUGUCAGUCCGAGUCACAUGGUCCUGCCGAAUGUGAUGGAAAUGAUCGCGGCCCUGGGGCCCGCUUCGUCCCCAUACCAGAGUCUGAGUGCAGGGGGCAGGAACACCCCUGACUACAGCCGGCCAGGAAGCCAGGGAUUCUCCGGACAAACAGGAUUUACAGACUUCCCCAACACUCCUGGGACCCCAACACUCGGAGAGUACACCUCCUCCGGACCGCCGCCCCCCCUCCCCUACCAGUCUGAGCAGGCGGCCCACUCUGGAGGAAUGGAGCACUCGCACGGCAGCAUCCUCCAGCAGCACGUAUCGGGGGUCCACAACAACCAGAGCCUUGGCGAGGCUAGCAGCCCGCUAGCACAGAGGAGCUCAGCCACACAGAACUCACGGCUGCAGGGUGAAGGCUCCUUCAGUCUGGGAGGCCCUGCAGGGGAGGGGGCCGAUCACGCUCUGGAUCUUCUUCCCGAGCUGACCAACCCGGACGAGCUGCUGUCGUACCUGGGCCCCCCCGACCUCCCGAACAACAGCAACGACGACCUGCUGGCGCUGUUCGAAAACAACUGACUUGUGGACUGAGCCGAAGAGCGCCGCCCGGCCCCCCGUCUGCACCCACUUCAGCGUGUGCGUGCAUACCAGUGUUUUUGUUCGUCUUUUGUCUUUUAAGUGUCCUACUGUACUCUGAGGUCCUUUCAGUGCAGUGUGGAGGUGCAUGAAGGAACAUGGUGAGUGAAGUACAAAAAGAGCCUAACAGGCACCGACUCCACAGGCCAGCAUUUCAAGCACAAGCCUCAGACUGGGGAGGGAACGUUUGGGGGGGCAGGCGGUGUGCAUGAGGAAGAUGAUGGAAACUGAGGGAUUCCAACAUUAACUUUACUGUAGCUGCUUCAUGUUGCCAUAUGCAUUUGAAAUAUUUAGUGGAAAGGAGCAGGUUCCCUUCUGUAAGUCGAAGACAUCAGUGCAACCAAACUACAAAAGAAAUCUGCUCAGUGUGACACAGUAGCUGUGUUUCCAGUGACCAUGUAAUUGCACCGUUUGACAUUUUGAAUAUAAACACCAAUUUUGAAAACUAAUUUCUUGAUAAAGCGUUUUGGCGCUUUGAUGGUUUGGUUUUUGGUCAUAUGGAUAUCAGUUUACUUAGCAAAACACUUUUCCCGCAUCACACCAGCCUCAUGGAUCAACAACUGGAUGUUGCCUCUGGCGCCAACCACGAAGAAGAAGACGACAGGAAGUAGUUGGCAUGUUUUUUAAUGAGUUAUUGUGUGACCAAACUUAUUGAUGUGCGAUUUUAAUUUAGAUUUUUACUGAAGGGAAACGGCACAAUUGCAAAAUAGUUUUUUGUCGACAUUAGCGGAAUAUUGACAAAGUUUUGCGCACAUUUGUAAUGGAAACACAGCUAUGUGAUGUCACUUAUAUUAGAAGAUUAAAGGUCCUCACACAUACAGAGUCAAGCAAUAUUGUGACAACAUGUAACUGAAAUGUAUCCGUUUAUCAGCCUCACUUUACUAUUGUUUGGUUUUUAUUCCUCUCAGCCCAAAGUUAGUCUGGUGGUCAAACAACGAUUUUUAAAGAUAACAUUAAUGGCUACUUGGGAAAAACCUCGUCACAUCUGUAUGUAUGAAGCUCUUUAGUUUUUUUUAUGGUAUUUCAAAAUAUUUUUAUGUCAUCAAAGACAUAAAAAUCAAAACCAACAUCAUCCCUUUGUCAAUCCUUAAAUGAUUUAUUUCUUCCUUUCUCUGACUAUCAGGAAGGAGAGAAAGAAUUAGGACUGGGAAUCUGAACACAGCACAAAAGUAACUUCCUGGUAUUAUUAGUUUAAAUAGAUCUAAGUCAAUACAUUUUAUACUCUGAGUAAAUUUUACAAAAAAUCUAAUAUAAUCUAAUAUAAAUAGAAUUUGCUGUUAAGUUGCAGCUCAUGUUGUCCAGGCUGUGUAUCAGAUUUAGAAUCCGUGUCAGAAGCGAAAGCAACAAGAAAGUGCCUUGAAGUGCAGCGCCACUUUUGGCCAACAGUGGUUAGUAUCGUACUGAAAGAUAUAUUUUUCUGACAAUUCAUCCACACAUCUGUUCAAAUUGAUCCUAGCUAUCACACAGUGCAGUGAGCUCAGUUUAUUAUUCAAAUUAGUUUAAAAUGUUUUCUAGGGAAACCCAGCACAUCGCAUCGAGUCGUUGACUUGCAGAAGCAGCAUGUCAACAUCCAAAACAUUCUGCCAAAUCGACAGAAGCCGUUCACUGCACAAAACAAUCUACCUCUUCUUCCUCCAUCAGCACCUGAAUCCUGAACCUUUGAGAUGAAGCUGGCAAAAAAAUGAUCUAGAAUAAUGGGGUCCAAAUGUUUUGAGAAAAGUUUUUUUUUUUUAAACUAAUCAUUCACUAUUUUCUUAUUCAUUCAAUAUUUUAAUAAAAUAAAUAAAAUAAGUCAUAUGUAUAUUAGCAAACGGAAGCGCAAAUCGUUGUGGAUCCAAAGCUAAAGGCGCAUUUAUCCCAUUGAAAUAAAAGCAUUGCGUUUCCCAUGAUGAUGUAUUAGGGCCAUUUUAGAAAGAACAGAAAAAGGAGUAUAUUUACACCCAAAAAGUCAGAAAUGUCGGGAUUAAUCGCAGAUAUGUUUUAGAAAAAACAAGGACAUUUCUGAGCCUGUAAGGUAGAAGAUUUGCUAGAAAACCUCAGAAAUUUUCUAGAAAAAGCUUCUGAGUUUCAAAAGUAAUAAUUUUUGGAUUUUUGGAAAUGUUCUAAUUUUUCUAGAAAAUUCUGAGACCCAAAAUACGCUGUUGUAGUUUCCAAAUUCUUUUGGCCUUGAUUGGAGAAAGAAACGAUGAGAAUGCUAUAAAAUCACGGUUAUUUAUUUUUUACUAGCCUGACAUUUACACUGUGAGAAGACUUUAAUAAGUCGGGGGGAAAAAUUGGCCCUAAUUGAAAAGCAAAAAGUCUCUGUCAGCAUCAACCACCUUAGCUGCAUUCUUGAAUUUCCAUCGUAGGACGUAUGAAAUCAGUCCACUAACACUGUUGGUUUUGCUUUCUAUGUCAUUUACUAGAAAAUGAUGCAACUAAAACAACAAAAACUGACCAGUUCUGGUGACACUUGGUGCAAUCGCAGCAUCAUUGUUGUCUGCGACGUGCUUCAGCACUGUGGGAAAAUAAAAAGUUUUAAAUCUCCCGCCACACCAGCACCACCACCGUUCCUUCCCUCUGUCGGGGCUUUCAGAGCUGUGUGUGCGAUGGCCUUUUCUGCCAUUGUAUGUUUUUAAAUGGUUUGACAUGUAUAACCCAUCCAGACGCGGGUUUAUGUACUGUAUAAUCAGCUGUUUUCAUUAGAGAACGUGUGUGUAUCAAAAGAAUUGUUAAUCAUGGUAACUUUGUCAUUAGUUGGAUAAUGGAUCAUUGUUGGCACUGUAUACAUUCUAUAUGUUAGAAAACUAUAAAGCUGUUGUAAGAAAAAAAAAAAAGAAAAACUUCACACAUAGGCACAUGACGCAUGUAUGACAGAAACUAGUCAUCUGACACUAGGUCAGGCAGUGAAACAUGCAACGGUUGGUUCCUAAUUCUACUUUGUAAAGCUGAAGUUUGUUUUUUAUUGUUUUUUUUUUUCUAUGAUCAGUUUUGCAACCGUACCCUUUGUGGUCCAGCGUUGCCUUAACGAGGUAACUACAGCAAAAAUGUUCUUUGCCAAUUUGAGCAACAGCGAUAUUAUAUUUGGAAACGAUGGACUAUUUAACUGCAAAUUUGCUAGAAAGGAAGAAGAAGAAAAAGCUUUUUUAAAUAUGUAAACUACUCCACAUAUUUUGUAGCACAUUGUAAUUGCCAUUAUUUUCUAUUUAUUUUUUAAUCAUAAUCAUCAUUGUACCCACAUUUACUUUGUCUCCCCUGCCCCUCCCACCUCUGAAUCUAAAUUAAAAGUCACUUUAUUUGGCAAAGA